AGGAGAUGAUCAGUACCAAGGCGACACGAGUUUUGCGGCUGGAAGGUUUACGACACAAGCGUUCGAGACUGAGCGAAGUUUCGAGUGGGGCAGCGAGCGUCCGCCGUUUGAUCCCAACUCGCCUACUUCUCCGACAUCGCCAGUGUCCAUGUCUAGUCGACAAGAAGCGGCAUUCCGACGGACGGCUCCUGAAAGCCGAACUCCAGGAGGUGGGCUCGCUCCGGUUCACGAAGGUACUGCGCCUGGUACGAAUGGAGGGAGUGGGAUCAAUACGCCCGCUGGGAUCGAGUCGUUGAGUCUCGGUGCUCCCCUUGACGAACAUGCCAUUGCUGCGCCUAUACCAGAGGGUAUGAGCCAAGAUUUGGGAGUGGGCGAGUAUGAUGUUGAUCGCGAAAAAGAGUGGAAGAGCUUUGGAGCGGCCGGCGAUGCGGCACGAGGAGGGCACUUGCAAGUCGACAGGGAUGCACACGGCGCGGAGAGUAGUGUCCCCUCCAACUUUCUCGACUUUAAAGACACCAGGUCGGGCGUCAGUGAGACCAGUGGUGAAUACAACAUCACGCCCACGCCCACUCUUCGCAACCCCCGACACAUGCGCAUGGGGAAUCAGAGAGACCACGAAAAGGAUCUUCGACCUCCAACAAGAACCCUUCAAGACCGAGUAGUGCAAAAUCUCGAGGAGGCAGCUCUGUACACGCACACUCCAUGGGAGAUG